UUUAAAUACGAAGAUUUACGUAUACAAGUGUAUCAGAUAACUAAUAUUUUUGUAUAAUACAUAUAUAGAGAGAUAUAGAUAAAAAAAAUAUAUAUAUAUCCCGCAAAUUAUGUAUUUUGAAAAGAAUCUUUUACUGUUGUAGUUAGGCAUUCGAAAAGUGCCUAAUAUCCCCCUUAUCAACAGCGAAAUCUUAGUGUAAACCUUAUUUAAAAUUCUGUGAAACCUUCAGCCAACAACCAUGAAGUUCUUGCACAUUUUCAAGUCAUUUAUUCUGCUCUCGUCGUGGACUUUGUCACCAGCUCGAAGCACCGAAGAAGCGCCCCUGGUGGCUGUCUACGCUGUGAGAGGCCAGACAGCGAGGCUCCCCUGCAACUUGACUGUACCGCCUGAGGACCCUGUGAUUCUGGUGCUUUGGUACAAGAACGGCACGAAGACGCCGGUGUUCAGCGUGGACUCCCGCUCGAGACCUCUUCAGGAGGGCAGUAACACUCGUGCCUCUGAUUUAUUUCGAGGGCGAGCGACAUUCCAGCAGCAGCCAUGGAGUUGGGUCUUGGUGGUACAGCAAGUAGAAUACAACGACCAGGGCGAGUACCGCUGUCGUCUAGAUUUCCAGUCAUCACCCACACACAAUGGCAGGGUUCAGCUACAUGUUGUUGAUCUCCCGCGGAAGCUUCGUAUUUUCACUUCCGGUGGAGCGCAGGUGGAUGGAUUAGCAUCGGUUCAGGAGUCGCAUCCACUUACCCUGUCCUGUAGAGCAACUGGAGGCGAGCCCCUCCCCAACGUCACCUGGUGGUCUGGCUCGACGCCUCUCGACCUCGAAGCAGAAGAACGUCAGCUCACCUCUUUCGUAACGGCGGCGCCUACUUCCCUCGCGGUGCCCUACGUCACCAACACGUUACACUUGCCGUCGGUCACGCGCGCCCACCUCGCGCAGAACCUGACGUGUAGGGCGGCCAACACGCCCGUGCUCCCGCCACUCUCGGCCUCGGUGCUGCUCAAACAAAUAGAUUCGAACUUGUCGGUGCACAUGACGGCGCCGACGGGGAAGCUGUCGGGAGGGCGCGAGUAUGACGUCAAGUGUGAAGCCUCUGGAGUGCGACCUCCGCCCACGCUGACCUGGUGGCUAAGAGGUCAACAUCUCACACACAAUAUUGAUGUGCAGAGCCUCGGGGUGGACUCGACGGUGUCCCUGCUGCGCCUUCAGGCUACUGCCGGCGACGACAACGGCCUGCUGGAGUGCCGCGCCACCGCCCCCACGCUGCCCCACAUCACGGCCUCAGACUCGACCAAGCUCACCGUUCACUACGUUCCCGAAGCGACCAUCAGCAUCGACGGCGUUGGCGGCUUGGCGAGCGGAGGGGCAGGCACAGCAGGGUUCCGAGCGGGUGACUCUGCAACCCUCAAGUGCACCGCCAGAGCCAAUCCGCCGGCUUACAACCAGACGUUUAUGUUCAAUGGGCGGCCCCUCCGUCGGGAGAGCGUCGUCAAGAGCGGCCUGACCGAGUCGAGCAUCACGCUCCUGCAGCUGACCCACAAGGACGCCGGUCUCUACACUUGCCUCGCCUCGAAUCCUGAGGGAGAUGGUCAGAGCAACGCCGUCGCCCUCCACAUCGACUACGCCCCCGUGUGUGAAUGGGAAGGAGCUCGCGAGAUCCUGGCGGCCGUCGGCGAGGAGGUCGAGAUGGAGUGCCGCGUGAGGGCGUCGCCUCCUCAGGUCACCUACGAGUGGGAGAGCAUCACCGUCGCCGAAGGAAGGGAAAUGGUUCGGGAGCCUCUGCGGCACAUCGACAACGGGCUGACCUCUCGGGGCGCAGUGGUGGCCGGCAACAGCUCCCACGGGCGGCAGCGGGCGGAGUGCCAGCCGUCCAACGAGGUGGGGCCCGCCGACCGACCGUGCAUCUUCGCCAUCACGCUCGUAGAGCCUCCCAGCGCCCUUGAAGGCUGCCACUACCACGACGUCACCACCGACUCUGCUGCUGUGACCUGCUCGCCGGGGUCAUCGAUGUCGGUCCUACCACAGCUCUACCACAUCGAGGUGCGUGAGGGGAACCGCCUGGUGUCAGCACACAACAAGACGGAGCCGAGAUUCGUGCUGACGGAGCUGUCGCCCGAACAAGACUACGUGCUGACGAUGUACGCUUCACACGCCAAGGGCCGAGGCGAGGAAAGGACGCUGCUGCUGAAGACACACACGCCGAAACCACAGCAGGUUCUCCCGAAGGAUGUAUCCGUGAACUCAGUCAACAAAGUCUCUGAAGUGGCGCCCACCGUCGCGGCUGGGGGCGGCGGAGGUCCUCAGGUCAGUGUUGUGGUCGCGGGAGUCGUGGGCGUGGUGGUGGGCGUGGCUAUCGUCGUGGCAGUGGUCGUGACCUGCAGGGCGAGGCGGGGUCAUGCGUCCUCGCCCGGGAAAUCGGAGCAGUAUCAUCACUCUAAGGACUCGCUUCUGGAACUCCCUCAGGGCUCCAUGUACCAGACCUGCACUCGGCACCCGUCGCGAGAGCUGCUGACGACGUUCUCGCCGGGCCCCGUCGUGGUGACGCAGGUGACGUCCGGGCGCUCCUCCAUCCGGUCGUCGCCGCUGCCGCGCCGCUCGUCCACCCGCAGCGCGCCCGGGGGCACCUCCCCCCGCGGCCACCGCCCCCGCAGCCGGAGCGGAGGCCCCGUCAACGUGGUGGAGGUGGAGGCCGACACGUGCAUGACGCCAAGGGUGGAGAUCGAGUCGCCGUCGCGGGAGUCCAUCUGCGGCCGCCUCAGCCUCCGCGGCGACCCCUACACCAUCCACGACUCCCCGCCUCUGUCCCUGCGGCCGGACCCGCUCACGCUCUCGGUGCAGCACCAGCACGCGAACCCGCAGUCCCCGGCCGACGCCAAGAACCCGACGGCGCACUCCCUGGCGCACGCGUACCGGACGGCGCCUCACCCCCACGCCGCGGGCCCGCUCCACCCCGAGCCCCAGAUCCACAUCGUGUCGCAGCAUCCCCACACCACGCUCGACCUCGCCCCGCUGCCCCACGCCGCCCCGGAGCUGACGGCGACGCAGCCCCGCGAGGCGCCCCAGGCCCGCGCCCUCAACCCCGCCGCGCAGGGACACCCGGCCCUCUUCGCGUCGCAGCUGCCCCCCCCUCAGGGCAUGUUCGUCGCCCAGCCCCACGGCGAGCCCCCCCACGCCCACCACCUGCCCCCCCCGCCCUCGCGCGACCCACCGACCAUCCCCCCCCAGCCUCAGACCGAAGCACCCGCAAUUCAUCAACAAUGUAGUUCACCCGAGACUGGUUUAAUAAAAAUUCAUCCAACUUUUCGGUAG